AUGGCUGCGGCUAAGGGUGGUGCGUCCUGCAAGGUGUCAAAGCAGUCGCUGACUAAAGUCACUAAGAAGCUCCCCAAGAAGUGGAGGAAAUCUCACAAGCAGAAUUAUUCCACUCACAUGUACAGGGUCCUGACCCAGGUUCACCCUUCCACCAAGAUCUCAUCCAAGGCCAUAAGUGCCAAGUGCUCCUACCUUGUUGACAGUUUCGAGUGCAUCGCCUCCGAGGCCAUGCAACUCAUUCACUACAACAAGCACCACACCAUCUCAGCCAUGGAAAUCCAGAGUGCCAUCCACCUCAUGCUGCCGGAGGAACUGGCCAAACACACCAUCUCCGAAGGCACCAAAGCAGUCACCAAAUACACCAACUCCAUUUAG